AUGGUCCUUCUCGAGCACCUCCCCCUUCUCGGGCUGGCUUUGGGUUUUGCACACCUCCAUCACGGGAGAGUAUCUCAUAGCCACCCACCUCACUUAAACCAUGCAACUAUCCCCCAAAUUUCCGAUGGCUCAUCGCAGCUUCAUCAGGCGCCUCCUUUCAACCUGAUUGCCGCUCGGGCGUCAGGCGAGAGCCAUGAGACCACAAUUCAAGUUACCCAGACUCACUUACAGGGCAUCUUGGACAGAAUCAAAUCCCUCGAACAAGAAAUCACCAGUAUGAUGACAUCCAGAGCUGACUCUUUUCUAGAUUCCUCUUCCACUCCCGUCCAGCACUCUGCACUGGACCCCGAUGAUAUAGAGUUUUCCAAGGCCACCCUGGCAGCAAUGAAGCCUACGAGGCUAGCUGCGACAAUGCGACAAGAGACAAAGACUACUCCAGGAGGCAAGCCUUCCCCUUGGCCCAGUGCCAACACCACAGGUCAAUAA